AUGUCGAGUAAUCUGGUGGUAAAAGUACGAAGAGAUAAGAUAGCGGCAUGCAUGACAUGCCCUAUCUGCAACAAGCUCUUCAGGGAUGCCACCACUAUCUCCGAAUGUCUCCAUACAUUCUGCAGGAAAUGUAUACGUAAGAAGCUCUCGCAAGAAGAACUUGAAUGUUGUCCAAUAUGCAAUAUUGAUCUUGGAUGUGUGCCUUUGGAGAAAUUGAGGCCGGACCAUAAUUUACAAGAUCUGAGAGGAAAAAUCUUGCCAUACAAAAGGAGAAGGGUGAAGGCCCCUGAAGUUGUGCCUUUAAGGAGGAAAGAGAGAUCACUCUCAUCACUGGUUGUCACUGCUCCAAGAGUCUCACCCUCAACACCAACCAAAACCACAAUCACAAUGACUGGCAAAAGGUCAAAAGUAACCCCAAGGAAGAAAUCACGUGGCUCCAGUUUCUCCAUCGAGAAACCCCUCCUCAAGAAACAACAAGAACAACAAGACUCCAUCUCCAUGGAAGAAAGCUCCACUUCACAUGAAACUUCAAACAAGAUCACCCACAAUUGCAACUCAAAGCAGAAGAAUUGUUCAACUGCUAGCCAUGAUGAAAGAGAAGGCGAAGGUGAAGCGUGGGACUGGAAGCCAUUAAAUGACCUUGUGGAAGCAGCAAAUAGGAGUAAAUCUUCAAAACAUACUGCUGUUGUUGUGAAAUCUGAAGCUUGUAUUAUAAAAAGUGAAGGAGGAGGACAUGUGCAACGAAAAGCCAAAGGGAAAGAUGAGUUAAGUAAUAAAGUUGAAGAUGAUGAUAAAGACACUGCUACUGAAGUUGUAAAUGUAACACCUCCUAUUAUAAAGAUGCGUAGGAAUCGCAAAAAGAAGUCAGCUGAUUCUACUGUGCUGGAUGCUGUUGACACUAGUAGGGAGAAAACUAAACGAACAUAUCCUAUCUGGUUCCAGUUGGUGCCAUUUCAACAACAGGAAGGGGAGCCCUUGAGGCAGAUAGAAGGACGAUAUGUGAAAUUGAAUGAUGGGAAUGUACCUGUUUCAAUUAUCCAAAAACUGGUGAUGAACAAACUGGAACUUCCAAGUGAACAUGAGGUUGAGCUUCGAUGCAUGGGGGAGCGGGUGAUGCCAACACUGCAGCUACGGAAUCUGAUGGAGCUGUGGGUGCAAGCUCAUCCAGACAUCAUUACAGCCAAAAUUGGCUCAUCUGCACACCAAUUUCUCAUGGAAAUCUCAUAUGCCAAAAAACCCAACCCAAACCCAAUCCCAAUCCCCCCAUAAAAUAUUAAUUAUUCAUUUUUAUCACCCAAAUCAAAUCUCGCCGCCUAAUACUUAAUACUUAAUACUUACUUUAUCAG